GUUAAAGUAAAAGUUAAACUAAAAGCAGAUCCUCUUCCUAAGAAAUUCCGAACUAUUGAUGGUUCUGUCUAGAAGUAGUCAGAAAACACUGACUGAUCAGCAGUUUUGGAUCCACAGAUCACCGAUGCAUGAUCUUGCUGAAUGCGGAGUGAAAAUCUAAAUCGUAAAUCGAAUUUAAAGAUCGGGAUGCAAUGCCAAUUUAAAGAUCCGCUCGGGCUUGAAGAAGCAAAGCAAGAAAAUGACGAUCUGCUUCGCGAGAAACUUACAAAAUUUCGUCAUCUAUCGACCCUUCUCAUUCCUUUUCGCAUUUCUAAAUUCUUCACCCAGGGACACUCGAUUAUCGGAAUUGAGUCUUAUCCGUAAGAACCCCAAAACUAGCACACAAUGGCUCCGACUAAGAAGGUCACCCAGGCCAAGAAGACGGCCAAGAAGGUCACUUCUUCCGAGGCUUCCAAGUCCCGCAAGGUCCGCACCAAUGUGCACUUCUUCCGCCCGAAGACCCGGUCCGUGGCCCGCGCCCCGAAGGCCCCGAAGAAGAGCGUGAACUCCAUGAACAAGAUGGACAAGUUCCGCAUCCUGAAGUGCCCGGUCACCACGGAGUCCGCCAUGAAGAAGAUCGAGGAGAUCAACACCCUGGUAUUUUUGCUUACUACAACCACUUUACGAAUGAUCUAGAAGGAUCUGCUCAGGCACGUUUAGGUUUGCAAUUUUUUUCAACUGAUAGCUGUCCCAUGGCGAUUCCUCACGGGAGGGAUUUAGAUACCUCUUAUAGUGGCUGAGAGUUUUCGAAUUUCAGGCUGUCGUGAGAGAGAUUUGUACACGUUGAAUAUGCGAGUGGCUAGGAACUAGGGCUCCAUGUGGAGUGAGAACUCAUGUCCUCUGCUGUACCUAAUAGAUUACAACUCUCUGCCCGCUUGUGGAGGUAGACGACGAGGAUUUCGACCAAUAAAGGAGCUUGAUGAAUGUACCAAAUCUAAAUCAACUCCAAAUCCCAGGUCUUCGUCUGCGACGUGAAGGCAUCCAAGAGCCAGAUCAAGGAGGCCGUCCAGUCUCUGUACGAGGUUAAGUGCCAAAAGAUCAACACUUUGAUCCGCCCGAACGGCACGAAGCGGGCCUACGUCCACCUCACCGCGGACCACGACGCCCUGGACGUCGCCAACCGCAUCGGCGUCAUCUAAAUCGGUUUUCGAUUUCGACAAAGGAAUUUCGUGCGUUUUUUCUCGCACGCCAUCAUUCCUGCGGAAACUACAGUUUGGGACUUCACACGGAAACUUACGGGGAAGAUGUCGAGAGUGAAAGUGUUACGAUCAGACAACUUUGAGAUUAUUCGUAGUAGAGCCUGGCUCCGGUGCCAACAUCUCUAACUGUAGCAUCACGGCCAUCUUGACCUUUCGUGAACUCAUUGUUUGCUGAGACGACACGCAACAUCUGCUGGACUCUUGUAAAACGGAUAAGACGCUUCUGAUAUGGUUGUUGAAAAAAGGGGCUAGAGAGAGGGUGGCAGCGAUUUUAGUGAGCUGCGCGAUACUUCGAGAC